ACAGCAACAUGUACCAGAACAAGAUUGCCUAGUUCUACGAAAAAAAACAGAAGGUGGGUGCAUGUUAAAAUAAUUUGUUAUUAUUUGCAAUAUUUUGAUUCCCAAUAACCUUAUAAUAAGGGAAAUAUAAUAAAGGUAAAUGGUAAAUUACUUAUGUGUUGAUAAAAAAUUAAUCUUCCUUUUCCCAAAUUUCCCUGAGCCCUGCUGUGAUGCAGUUCGAGCAGGCGAGUAAAUUAUAACCUGGCAUGCAUAAAGGCAGAUAACAUGUGCUAAUAAAGUGAAUGCAAAACAGAUAGGAAACAAGGACUUAAAAAACUCUAUUACAUGUUAGCAUUCUGCAAGAUUUUCUUAUCAAAACUUGAAAAUUAAAGGAAAAAUGGUAACCCUUCCUUUGAGUUGCUGUUCAGGGAUUCCAGAGACCAUUCCGACCUCACCAGGCUUCACUCCCAGUUCCAUCAAAGCAUCUGAAGAGCAGAAUCUUUUCCAAGAAACUUGAGCUCGAUGAUGAGCACUAACUAGAUUCUGACCAACCCGUCGCACAAAACCCGCCAUCUUUUAUCUCUUGUUUUCUUUCUUCCUUCUUUUGAUUAUAGAACUUAGAUUUCUGAGAGGUUUAUAAAGUCGUUAAGAGCUGACAUAUGAGAAGUUAAGAACUAGACAGAAGUUUCGCGCUUUCUACUGCGGCUUCGGGUAAUUGGGCCACUCUCUCUGUUAAUCGGAGUUCGAUGACAUUCGGGCUUAAGCCCAUUAUGUGCCUUCAAAAAAAAAAAAAAAAAAAUACACCAAACGUGCUUUGAUAGUUUGAUUGAAAGAAAGAAUGCGUUCUUGGUUCUGGAGUCUGGACCGAUUCCAAGCAUACCGGCCGAACAUUCUUAGUUUUUCUCUUGCACAUUUGUCAGCAUCGAAUGUGCGAAUGCCAUUUGUUCUUGGUAUUUAUCGAUAUGGAGUCUUGGUGAUUUACCCUUUUUCUCGUCUUGUUUUGCCACCAUAACUUUGUUCUCGUCAUUAAUUUAUUAGAGUUUAGGAAAGCCUGCACGCGUAUUCAAUCUUUCAAUCGGCUCUCUCUGCAUUUUUUUGGUGAAGGACAAGAUCAAUGGCAGCCAACGAAGAGGAUUCAACGCUUGUCAAGCUAGAAUUGGCGUGUUCGGAUUUGAGAAUACUCCUACAAUCAUCGGUUAAAAUGGAAAAGAACCUGGAAGAGAUGGAGAGAAAGUUUGAUGCUAUUGAUGAAAAUCUUUCAAUAGCUGCAAAAACAGUAGCACCUUUGCAGUCCCUCGCUAUGACUGCAAAGGCUCUCGAGACUAGAAUUAGUAGAGCUGUCUCUCCGGCUCUCGCUCUCCUCCAUAGUUUCAAGCUCUCUGAAUCCCUUCAGAACAAGCUUGUUGAACUCUCCAACAAACUAUCUGUUGAGAAAACCCCGAGAAAGAGGCUUAAAAAUCUGCUCAAAUGUGUUGAAUGUGUUGAUCAGCUUAAUAUAGCCGUUAACUUAAUCAGUCGAGACGGUGAGCCAGUGAUUCAAAAGCUUCAAGAGGUGGUGGAAUUCUUGAGCAGGACUAAAGCCACGGAUCCGUAUCGAACGCAAAGAUUGAAGGAGACUUUGAUCACACUUAGAGCUCUAUAUGAAUCUGAGGUUGAUGCCAUGAGGUUUGAUGGGUUGCUUGAUCAGGCUUUACUGAACCUGCAGGAUGAAUUCGAGAUUAUGUUACAGCAAAUAAAGCAUCAAAAUAUAGGUGAGCAACAAGUAGAUGAAGAAGCUCAACAAGCUGUGGUUUUGGACCUUGGCACGGAAAUGGAGGUCCAAGUUCUCAGGCAAAUUGCAGAAACCCUGGCUGCCAAUGAUUGUUUGGAUAUAUGUAUUGAUAUCUUCGUUAAGGUGAGGUACCGAAGAGCAGCUAAAGCAUUAAUGCGAUUAAGCCCUGAUUACUUAAGAACAUACGCUCCGGAAGAAAUUGAUGAAAUGGAGUGGGAGAGCCUGGAUACAGCAAUUUCUCUCUGGAUCCAGCAUUUCGAACUCGCAGUUAAAACAGUCUUUGUAUCUGAAAAGAAACUUUGCAAACAAGUUUUGGGAGGACUUAGGGAAGUGCUUGUGUGGCUAGAGUGUUUUGUCAAGAUUGCAAAUAAAAUCAUGGCGGUAUUUUUCCGCUUUGGAGAAGGUGUUGCAAGGAGUAAUAAAGAACCACAGAAACUGUUCAAGCUCUUAGAAAUGUUCGAUUCCUUAGAAAAGCUGAAAGUCGAAUUCUCAGAGAUUUUUGAAGGUGAAUCAGGAGCUGAUAUCUGUUUACGUUUCAAGGAACUUGAAAAGCUACUCGUUCAUGCUUCAAGCAAAGUGUUUUGGGAGUUUGGCCUCCAAAUUGAAGGCACUUCCGACAGUUUCCCUCCACCACAAGAUGGUUCAGUCCCAAAACUUGUGAGAUAUGCCAUCCAUUACCUUAAGCACCUUACCACAGAGACAUACAGUGCACCAAUGACUAAGGUUUUCCGAACAGAACAAGUAUGGAAAGCUGGCACCUUAUCAAAACCUGAAACAGAUGAGAAUUUACUCAAAGAUGCCAUCUCUAACAUCAUGGAAGCUCUUCAGAGAAAUAUCAAAACAAAGAGCUCAAGUUACAAAGACAAAAUUCUGCCCCACAUAUUUGUCAUGAACACCUAUUGGUACAUUUACACCAGAAGCAGGAAUACAGAACUUGGGAAGCUUUUAGGAGAGCAAUACAUAAAAAAGAAAUACAAGACUAUUGCUGAGGAGUCAGCUUACAUGUAUCAGAGGCAAUCAUGGGGGCCUUUAGUAAGGUUGUUAGAGAAUGAAGAUUUGAAGGAACAGGACAAUGACAACCGUGGAAAAGGAGCUUUUGUAAGAGGUAAAACAGAAGCAUUUUUCAAUUGUUUUGAUGAGAUCUCACAGAGGCACAGAGGGGUUUAUAGCAUUCCUGACGCUGAUUUGAGAGCACAAAUAAGAGAAGCAACAGUGAAGCUGGUGGUUCCUGUUUACAGUGAAUUUUUGAAUGCACACUCAACCUUGUUGCCUGCGAAAUCUUAUAUUAGUCCUGAAAAGUUGCAGGGAUUGCUGGUUCAGGUUUUUAAUGGAACUGAUCGAACGGGCAAUGGGAGGCUGAAGCGCCGAGAUUCCAACGAUAGGGUUCCUAGGAGGAACUCGGUUUCUGUGGAGGAGAGGUUAAGAAUUUAAGACGAUCCUGAUCAAAUUCCAUCGAUGUCUGAAUCAGUGAAAGCUUAAUUUACCUUCUAAUGUUUUUUUCAGAAACCUUGAGUUGACGCAAUGAAACAUCGAAUUAAGAUUGUUUCUUUUUUCAUAAUACAAAUGUAAUUUUAUUUAGUAAUGUAAUGCAAUUUUUUACGGGAUUUUACACAAGUGGAACCUGUCUUGAAUAUGCACAAUAUGAUAAUUAAAUUAAGAUAUGAAAUUUAAAAAAAAAAGAAAAAAAACUUCUAAUCAAGAAUUUAGUUUCAUUAAUUCAUAUAAUUAUUUUUAAAAAAUAUUAUAAGUUUUGUUAUUCAAGAACCAAUAAAGUUCGAAGCAUUGUAUAAAAUUAAACCACAUGCUUCACUACUUGUGCAAAUUUCCAUCAAUUCUUUUAAAUUUCAAUCUUGCAACCGUAUUUUCUAAUCUAUAAUUUAAAUUUUUACAUUU